AAGACUCAGUCUUAAGUAAUAUCAACCAUAAGCAAAAUAAAUAUCAAUUGAUCUCAAAAACACCACUCAUAUUUCUUAGAUCAUAAAGAAGAACCAAUUUCCUUGAAUGUGAAAUACUAUACCAGUACUUGCUAAAUAAGAACAAACCUAUUUUUCCUUUUUUCAAUAAACAAAUGUAUUAUUUGCGACUCAAGUAAUUGGAUCUAUUUAAGGAGUUGAGUGAAUGAUUAACAAGUGUAAUAAUCUACCGCUUAUAACACUUGCCGAACUUUGUUUAAUUUAAGUAGAAACUAGUCAUAGUCGGUAGUAGUCUCUUUGACUUGUUGAAAUAAGUCCCACAUUUCUCUCUGUCUUUUUAAUGACUCGCCUGAGGCGACUCGGUACCGCCCUCGGAGCUGCUGCAGCCACCGCUUACGGCGGUGCAAUCCUUCUUUCACCUUCAUUUUCAUCUAACGAUCAUGGAUCCCAGCUCACUGCCUUCCAACACAAGAUCCACAACCCAGACGCCGUCCUCCCAUCCAGACAAGUACAGCAGUCGUCACUCACCGGCUCCACCUCCUCCAACCCUCUCGACAUUCUCGUAAUUGGUGGAGGAGCCACCGGUACCGGCGUUGCCUUGGAUGCUGCAACACGUGGACUCCGUGUUGGCCUCGUUGAAAGAGAGGAUUUCUCUUCUGGAACUUCUUCUCGCUCCACAAAGCUCAUACAUGGAGGUGUUCGUUACUUGGAAAAAGCUGUCUUUAAACUGGACUAUGGCCAACUCAAGUUAGUAUUCCAUGCACUUGAGGAGCGUAAACAGGUUAUUGACAAUGCACCACACCUAUGCAAUGCUUUACCUUGCAUGACUCCAUGUUUUGACUGGUUUGAAGUAGUUUACUUCUGGAUAGGCUUGAAAAUGUACGAUCUGGUAGCAGGAGCACGACUUUUGCAUUUAUCGAGAUAUUAUUCUACGAAAGAGUCCAUUGAGCUCUUUCCCACAUUGGCAACAGAGGGAAAUGGUAGAAGCUUGAGGGGCACAGUUGUUUAUUAUGAUGGCCAGAUGAAUGAUGCGCGUCUUAAUGUUGGAUUGGCUUGCACGGCUGCAUUGGCUGGUGCAGCAGUGAUGAACCAUGCUGAAGUUGUAUCCCUAUUGAAGGACGAUGUUGGUGAACGGAUAAUUGGUGCACGAAUUAGGGACAAUUUAACUGGCAAAGAAUUUGAUACGUAUGCAAAAGUAAUUGUGAAUGCAGCUGGUCCGUUUUGUGAUUCAGUAAGGAAAAUGGCUGACAAAAAUGUACGAGAUGUGAUUUGUCCAAGCAGCGGUGUACAUAUUAUACUCCCUGAUUAUUAUUCUCCAGAGGGUAUGGGUUUAAUUGUUCCUAAAACUAAGGACGGGCGUGUUGUUUUUAUGCUGCCUUGGUUGGGAAGAACAGUUGCCGGGACUACAGACUCCAAUACUGCCAUUACUUUUCUUCCAGAACCACAUGAAGAUGAAAUACAAUUUAUAUUAGACGCCAUCUCUGACUACCUUAAUGUUAAGGUCCGACGCUCUGAUGUUCUUUCUGCUUGGAGUGGCAUUCGACCAUUAGCAACGGACCCAUCAGCUAAAAAUACUGAAAGCAUUUCCAGGGAUCAUGUUGUCUUUGAAGAUCACCCUGGUUUAGUUACCAUCACUGGUGGCAAGUGGACAACCUAUCGCAGCAUGGCUGAAGAUGCUGUUAAUAUAGCUAUAAAGGCUGGGAAACUGACCCCCACUGGUGAAUGUGUGACCAACAACCUUAGGAUUGUCGGUGGCGAAGGGUGGGAUCCUGCUUCUUUUACAGUUCUCACGCAACAGUAUGUGCGCAUGAAAUUAACACAUGGGGGAAAAGUUGUUCCUGGGGUAAUGGACACCGCUUCAGCUAAACACCUGUCUCAUGCAUAUGGAACAUUGGGUGAACGGGUGGCUGCCAUUGCUCAGAAUGAAAAUUUGGGUAAGCGGCUUGCUCAUGGUUACCCUUUUUUGGAGGCUGAGGUGGCUUACUGUGCUCGUCAUGAGUACUGUGAAUCAGCCAUUGACUUCAUUGCACGGAGGUCUCGCCUCGCUUUCCUCGACACUGAUGCAGCAAGACGGGCAUUACCUCGUGUGAUUCAAUUAUUGGCAGCUGAGCAUAAAUGGGACAAAUCAAGGCAGAAGGAAGAGCUGCAGAAGGCUAAAGAUUUUUUGGAGACUUUUAAAUCAUCCAAAAAUGCCCAGUUCUAUGAUGGGAAGCACAAUUAGUAAAUUGUUGUCCAUAUCAGCCCACACAUUGUAUAUAGAAAUUCUGCUGCUGUUAUUUAUUUUCAAGUUGUCCACUUCUGCUGGGUUCCAAAGGGAUGAAUAACAAAUAAAUUAAUAAAUAAAUAAUGUACAAGGACAAAUAUUCUCACGGUCUGUAUUUGUCUAUUUGAUUUUGAACUAGAAAGGGAUUCACAUUGCAAACCUGGUGUUUUUGCAUAUAGAGCUUCUGUGUGUCAAUGUAUAUACGAAUUUGAGGGUUUAUCUAGCAACCCCUUUUAAAAAGAACUAUAUUAUCCAUCUUA